CUCAUGGUUUGGGUGAGUUUUUACAAUAAGAAGUGGGUCCACUCCACUCCACCGGUUUCCCAGUCAAAGCGAGGAUAGCAGGAAAGACCCUCUCUUUAUUGGGCUCCGCGGGGACAGACCCAAGAUGCUCAGGACCCCGACGCUGGGCAGGAACCAUGCGAAGACCUCAGGCUUCUCCAUCUUGGCCAAGCAGGUGUGGGGGGCUCUACGAAGCCAUCGGCUGAGGCCUGAGCGACCGUGCUCCCAGGUGCCCUGUGCGCAGAGAAGGAGGAAGAACGCUUUGCACCCCCUUUGGAAGGGCCCAGCCUCCAAGCCCGGGGGCUCCCGGCAGUCCCCCAUCAACAUCCGCUGGAGGGACAGUGUUUAUGACCCCGGGCUGCCCCCUCUCCGGGUCUUCUAUGACGCCGCGGCCUGCCGCUACGCCUGGAACACCGGCUACCUCUUCCAGGUGGAAUUUGACGACGCCAUCGAGGGCGCAGGAAUUAGCGGUGGCCCCUUGGAAAACCACUACCGCCUGAAGCAGUUCCACUUCCACUGGGGGGCAGUGAACGAGUGGGGCUCCGAGCACACGGUGGAGGACCGCGUGUACCCGGCAGAGCUGCAUUUAGUUCACUGGAAUGCUGUGAAAUACCCAAACUACAAAGAAGCUGUAAUGGGGGAGAACGGCUUGGCUGUGAUAGGCGUGUUUUUAAAGCUGGGGUCCCACCACGAGGCGCUGCAGACGCUGGUGGACGUCUUGCCGGAAAUAAAGCAUAAGGAUGCACGGGUGGCCCUGGGCCCCUUCCAGCCCUCCUGCCUGCUGCCCACCUGCCGGGAUUACUGGACCUACCCGGGCUCCCUCACCACUCCCCCGCUGACCGAGUCUGUCACCUGGAUUAUCCAGAAGAAGCCCAUUGAAGUGGCCGCGAACCAGCUGGCCGCGUUUCGCACGCUCCUGUUCACGGCACUUGGUGAGGAAGAGAAGACGAUGGUGAACAACUACCGCCCACUUCAACCCCUGAUGAACCGGAAGCUUCGUGCGUCCUUCCAGGCCACUGAAGGGGGCACCGGGUCCUAAAUUCAUUACGUCCAAGUCAACGGGCUGAACUGACUUUAGAAAGAGGAAGUAUUGUUUCCCAAGUCUCAUGGCCUGAUCAUAUGCAACCCCUGACAUUAAAAAGAAAGACAGAGAUCAUUGUUUUAGUCAAUGUACUUUUCAGCUGCAAUGAAAAUCACUUCAAAGAAAGGGAAUGGAUACCCGGGACCCGGAGGAUCUCAUGGGACUCGCAGCAGGUCCCAGCAGCCUCACGGGGCCGAGCAAGCCCCCGACUGACGUCAUCCGCCCAGCCCUCUCUCGGCUCCAUGCUGCCCUCUCCCCAGGUGGUGUCCCCUGUUUCUCCACACUCAUGGCCACCCCGUAGUUCCCAGGCAACAGAGUCUCGAUGUAUCAGUGUCCCGGGGCUCCUAUAACAAAUGACCCCAAACUGAGGGGUUAAACAUCAGAAAUAUAUUAUCCCACAGUUCUGAGACUGCAAGCCCGAGGUCGAGGUGCUGACACUGCCAGGGUCUGGUGAGACCUCUCUCCGUGGCUUGCAGGAGGCACCAUCUCACAGGGCCUUUCCUCUCUCUCUUCCUCUUAUAAAGCCACCAAUCCUAUCGAAUUAUGACCCCACCUUUAUGACCUCGUUCAACCUUAAUUAUCUUCUAAAAGUCCCAUCUCCAAUACAGACAUAUUGGAAGUUAA